ACACGCUCACACGUACGCACUCCUCCAGAGCUGACGUGGGCUGUGGCCUUGCACAGCUGCUGCCCAUCUGCAACCCGCAGCCACUCACAGGAGGUUGAGGAGAAGAAAGAGCAGACAAAGUUAGAAAGAAGAGUGGAUAAGUAUGGAUGUUUUGCAAGACUGGGCCCUGGCGUACCCGGCCCUGGCCCGGCUCCUCUGGGUGUUCGUGCUGGUGUUGGCCAGCGUCCUGGUCUGGGGCUUGUUCUUCUGCUGCUGGGGAAGCCAAAGCUCCACCUUCCCUCUGGAGAGAUAUAUCUCAGCAAUAGAGAAAGACUCCAAGACGAAACACAAGAGUCAGCGGAAGAAGAAGCCGAAGGAUAAGAGUGUCUCCGCAGCUCUGCUGAAUGAAGGGAUUGUUGGUGUGAUCAAACUGGCGAGCCCUUUGACUCGACGGAAUCAGAGGAAGAAGGAAAAACAGGGGAAAAAGACAGAGGAAGAGGAAGGAAAGACAGAGGAAAGGAAGGAUGAGAAAAUGGAAGAGGGAAAAGAAGAGCGGUCCUCCACAGUAAGGAAGAGGAAUAAACGCCACCUGAAAGUCACAAUUGCACCGGGCACCGUGACUAAAGAAUCUGCUGGGCAGGUCAUGUCAGGGGGUCGUCGACGGAUACUGGAGCGGUCUGCAUCGGAGGAGAGCGCAAAGGACCUGAGUUCCUCACAUUUUCCUGGAGACACCUUACCAUGGAACCUUCCCAAACACCAACGAGUCAAACGCUCCAAGUCUGCUUCUGGAGACGUCCUGGACGCUCCGGAGAGAGCAGUCCUUCGUAUUGCAGACGAGCGGGAUCGGGUGCAGAAAAAGACCUUCACAAAAUGGGUGAACAAGCAUCUGAUGAAGGCCCAGCGACACAUCACCGACCUAUACGAAGAUCUCAGAGAUGGACACAGCCUCAUCUCCCUGCUGGAGGUGUUGUCUGGGGAGACACUGCCCAGAGAGAAGGGCCGCAUGCGCUUUCACAAACUACAGAAUGUACAGAUCGCACUGGAUUUCCUCAAACACAGACAGGUGAAACUGGUGAACAUCAGAAACGACGAUAUUGCAGAUGGAAAUCCUAAACUUACCCUCGGGCUGAUAUGGACCAUCAUUCUUCACUUCCAGAUCUCUGACGUCCAGGUCAGCGGUCAGUCAGAUGAUAUGACUGCCAAGGAGAAGCUGUUGUUGUGGUCUCAACGCAUGGUGGAAGGUUACCAGGGCCUGCGCUGUGAUAACUUCACCACCAGCUGGAGAGAUGGCAGGCUGUUCAACGCCAUCAUCCAUAAACACAGGCCAAAUCUGAUCGACAUGACUAAGGUGUACAGACAGACCAACCUGGAGAAUCUGGAGCAGGCCUUCAGCAUAGCAGAAAGAGACAUGGGUGUCACUCGCCUGCUGGAUCCUGAAGAUGUGGACGUGCCACACCCAGAUGAGAAGUCCAUCAUCACGUAUGUUUCCUCUGUCUAUGACGUUAUGCCCAGAGUUCCUGAUGUUCAUGAUGGAAUCCAGGCCAAUGAGUUGGAGUUGCGCUGGCAGGAAUAUUACGAGCUGGUGACCAUGUUACUCCAGUGGAUCAGACAUCACAUCAUCGUGUUUGAGGAGCGGAAGUUCCCAACCAGCUAUGAAGAGAUUGAGGUUCUUUGGCGUCAGUUUCUGAAAUUCAAGGAGACUGAGUUGCCUGCAAAGGAGACUGACAAAAAUCGCACCAAGCUUAUUUACAAGUCAUUGGAGGGUCCUGUACAGAUGGGUCAGAUAAAGGUUCCCCCCGGUUACCACCCCAUUGAUGUGGAAAAAGAGUGGGGUCGUCUGCACGUGGCCAUUCUGGAACGAGAGAAGCUUCUGCGCUCAGAAUUUGAACGACUGGAGCGUCUGCAAAGAAUAGUCAGUAAGGUGCAGAUGGAGUCGGGUGUGUGUGAGGAACAGCUCAACCAGGUGGAAACACUGUUGCAGACGGAUGUACGUCUUCUGAGCGCAGGAAAACCCAUCCAGCACGCCUCUGAGAUCGAGGCGGAUCUGAACAAAGCUGAAAACAUGAUCCGAUACCUUUUCAACGAUGUGCAAUUGCUUAAAGACGGGCGCCAUCUACAGGCAGAACAGAUGUAUAGAAGAGUUUACCGCCUACAUGAGCGCCUGGUGAACCUGCGCAGCGAGUAUAAUCUGCGUCUGAAGUCAGGUGUGACGGUAUCACAGGUGCCCAUGACCCAAGUGCCUGUGACGCAGACCUCUCACGUCCAAACGUUGCAGCAGUCUCCUCAACGCGUAAGACCCGAGCUAGAUGAAGUCACCAUCAAGUAUAUUCAGGACCUUCUUGCCUGGGUGGAGGAGAACCAGAGACGCAUUGAUGGGGCAGAAUGGGGCCAAGAUCUUCCCACUGUGGAGUCUCAUCUUGGCAGCCACCGCGGUCUCAAUCAGUCUAUAGAAGAGUUUAAAUACAAAAUCGAUCGUGCACGAGCUGAUGAGAAUCAGUUGACUCCAGUCAGUAAGCCAGCCUAUAGAGAAUGUUUGGCCAAACUGGACCUUCAGUACGGCAAGCUGCUGAACUCCUCCAAGGCACGUCUGCGCAGUCUGGAUCAGUUGAACAAUUUUGUAGUGGCCGCAACCAAAGAACUGAUGUGGCUGAAUGAAAAAGAGGAGGAGGAAGUGAACUAUGACUGGAGCGACCGAAACUCCAACAUGACCGCCAAGAAGGACUAUUAUUCAGGUUUAAUGCGAGAUCUCGAACAUAGAGAAACGAGGGUAAACAAGGUCCAGAUGACUGGAGACAAAUUUCUGAAAGAGGGCCAUCCUGCCAGAAAGACUAUUGAGGCUUUCACGGCAGCUCUUCAGACUCAAUGGAGCUGGAUUCUUCAGCUGUGCUGCUGUGUUGAGACUCAUCUUAAAGAAAACACAGCUUACUUCCAGUUCUUCUCCGAUGUCAAAGAUGCCCAAGAACGGAUGAAGAAGAUGGAGGACAUGAUGAAGAAGAAAUAUAUGUGUGAGCGUUCAAUCACAGUCACACGGCUGGAGGAUUUGCUUCAGGAUGCAAUGGAGGAGAAAGAUCAGCUCAAUGAGUUCAAGACUCACCUGGAGGGUCUCAACCGGAGAGCCAAGACCAUUAUCCAGCUGAAACCGAGAAACACUUCUAACCCCAUCAAGGGAAGAUUACCGAUUCAAGCUGUCUGUGACUUCAAACAAAUGGAGAUCACAGUGCACAAAGCAGACGAAUGUUUCCUGACAAACAACUCGCAGCCGUACAAAUGGAACGUGCGAAACUCCAGUGGAAACGAAGCCACAGUACCGUCCAUCUGCUUCAUAAUCCCUCCCACCAACAAAGAGGCCGUCGACUUGAGCUCGAGUUUGGAUGCGAGUCAGCAGAGGUUGAUGGUCCUGUGGCAGAGGCUCCAUGUCGAUAUGAAGAGUCUGCUGUCUUGGCAGUACCUCAUGAGAGAAAUCCAGCUUAUCAGAUCCUGGAAUUUCAUCACGUUUAAGACUUUGAGAGUCGAGGAAUAUCGUCUGUCUCUUAAGAACUUGGAGCAGCACUAUCAAACCUUUAUGCGUGAUAGUCAGGAUUCUCAAAUCUUCGGCGCUGAUGACCGCCUGCAAGCUGAGAACAGUUACGGCAAAGCAACUCAACACUUUGAUAACCUGCUGCGGUCUGUCGAGCAAGGUGACCAGGAUGAGUCGGUGUGCAAGAGCUACAUCACCCAGAUAAAAGACCUGAGGCUGAAACUGGAGGGGUGUGAGACCCGAACUGUCAAUCGACUCAGACAGCUGGCGGACAAGGAACCUCUCAAGGCUUGUGCACAGAGGACCACAGAUCAGAAGAAAGUGCAGGUGGAGUUGGAAGGUCUAAAGAAAGACCUGGACAAGAUGGUGGAGGAGAGUGAAGAGGUGCUGGCAACAUCUCAGCAGUCCAGUUCCGCUCCUGUUUUGCGCUCCGAGAUUGACAUCACUCAGAAAAAGAUGUACCACGUCUACAGCCUUUCGUCUGUGUACUUAGACAAGUUGAAGACCAUAGACAUGGUAAUCCGCAGCAAACAAGGAGCUGAGGAUGUUCUUAACAAGUAUGAGAACCAACUGAGAGAUGUACACAAAGUUCCUGUAAAUGAGAAGGAGGUCGAGGCUGAACAGACGCAGCUGCAGAAACUGCGAACUGAAGCCGAGGGCAAGCAAGGCAUAUUUGACAACCUGGAAGAAGAGCUUCAGAGCGCUAACGUGGUGAAUGACCAGAUGUCUCAGCUUCACAGCGAGCGUGAUGUCGAGCUGGAGCACUACAGGCAGCUGGUGGGUAACCUGAGGGACCGCUGGCAGGCCGUGUUUGCUCAGAUGGAGCUGAGACAGCGAGAGCUCGAUCUGCUGAGGAAGCAGAUGCAGGCUUAUAGGCAGAGCUACGAUUGGCUCAUUCGCUGGAUAGCCGAUGCCAAGCAGAGGCAGGACAAGCUGCACGCUGUGCCCAUUGGUGACAGCAAAGCCCUACUAGAGCAUCUGACACAGGAGAAGAAACUGCUUGAGGAGAUUGAGAAAAACAAGGACAAGGUGGACGAGUGUCAUAAACAUGCUAAAGCGUACAUUGAUGCCGAUAAGGAUUAUGAGCUUCAGCUGGUGACAUAUAAAGCUCUUGUGGAGCCCAUAGCUUCUCCUAUGAAGAAAGCCAAAAUGGAGUCCUCAUCUGAUGACAUCAUUCAAGAGUACGUGACUUUGAGAACACGGUACAGUGAGCUGCUGACUCUGUCAAGCCAAUACAUUAAAUUCAUCAUAGAGACACAGCGACGCCUAGAGGAUGAAGGGAAAGCUGCUGAAAAACUUAAGGAGGAAGAGAGGAAAAAACUGGCUGAGAUGCAGGCCGAGCUAGAAAAGCAAAAACAGUUAGCUGAAUCUCACGCAAAGGCUAUUGCCAAAGCAGAACAAGAGGCCAGUGAGCUAAAGAUGAAGAUGAAAGACGAAGUCAACAAACGUCAGGACGUUGCUGUCGAUGCUGAGAAACAGAAGCACAAUAUCCAGCGAGAGCUUCUGGAGCUUAAAAGCCUUUCAGAGCAAGAAAUCAAGUCCAAGACGCAACAGGUUGAUGAAGCGCUGAUUUGCCGUACCAGAAUCGAAGAAGAACUCCGUAUAAUCCGAAUUCAGCUGGAGACGACCACGAAACAAAAAUCAAUUUCUGAAACUGAGCUUCAGCAGCUGAGAAACAAAGGAGAUGAAGCGGACAGACUUCUAAAGUCGGCUCAGGAAGAGGCAGAUAAACUUCGAAAGCAAGUCGCUGAAGAGAAUCAAAAGAAACGCAAGGCGGAAGAGGAGCUCAAACUGAAAUCGGCGGCUGAGAAGGAUGCAGCUAAAGAGAAAAAGAAAGCCCUUGAGGAUCUAGAGAAGUUCAAGCUCCAAGCAGAAGAAGCCGAGAGACACAUGAAGCAAGCGGAGCUGGAAAGGCAAAGGCAGAUUCAAGUGGUAGAGGAGGUGGCCAAGAAGACUGCAGCCACCCAGCUUGAGAGUAAACAGUUGUCAUUGACGGCUAAACUGGAAGAGUCCCUCAAAAAUGAGCAGGUGAUGGUCAUCCAGCUUCAGGAGGAGGCCGAACGUCUGAAGAAGCAGCAAGCUGAUGCGGAUAAGGCAAGAGAGCAGGCCGAGAAAGAACUAGAAACAUGGAGACAGAAAGCUAAUGAAGCUCUUCGUCUGCGUCUCCAGGCUGAAGAAGAGGCCAACAAGAAAAGUGCAGCUCAAGAGGAGGCGGAAAAGCAGAAAGAGGAAGCCAAGCGGGAGGCAAAGAAAAGGGGAAAAGCUGAGGGGACUGCACUUAAACAGAAAGAGACCGCAGAGAAGGAACUCGAGAACCAAAGGAAGAAGGCUGAAGAAACGGCACAGCAGAAGCUUGCAGCAGAGCAAGAACUCAUUCGGUUAAGAGCUGAUUUUGAGCAUGCUGAACAACAGAGAUCAGUCUUGGAUGAUGAGCUCCAGCGUCUUAAAAAUGAAGUCAGUGCUGCUGUUAAACAGAAGAAGGAGCUGGAAGAGGAACUGAUCAAAGUUAGGAAGGAGAUGGAGAUUCUUCUGCAGAUGAAAUCUAAGACUGAGAAGGAGUCUAUGUCGAACACUGAAAAGAGCAAACAACUACUUGAGUCUGAGGCGGCAAAGAUGAGGGAACUUGCUGAGGAGGCAACCAAGCUGAGGUCUGUUGCAGAAGAAGCAAAAAAACAGAGACAGCUGGCGGAGGAAGAAGCAGCUCGACAAAGAUCAGAGGCUGAGAAGAUCCUGAAAGAAAAGUUGGCGGCUAUCAACGAAACAACCCGUUUGAAAGCCGAAGCCGAGAUCACUUUGAAAGAGAAGGAAGCUGAAAAUGACUGUCUAAAGAGAAAAGCUGAAGAAGAAGCGUACCAGAGGAAAGCCCUUGAAGACCAAGCGUCUCAGCACAAGCAAGAAAUCGAAGAAAAGAUUGAUCAGUUAAAGAAGUGUUCAGACACUGAACUGGAAAGGCAGAAGAAAAUUGUAGAAGAAACACUGAAGCAGAGGAAAAUAGUGGAGGAGGAGAUCCACAUUCUGAAAAUCAAUUUUGAAAAGGCUUCGACUGGUAAACAGGAUCUUGAACUUGAGCUUAACAAACUGAAGAGCAUGGCGGACGAAACUCAAAAGAGCAAAGCAAAGGCAGAAGAAGAGGCGGAGAAAUUCAGAAAGCUUGCUUUGGAAGAAGAGAAGAAACGAAAAACGGCAGAGAAGAAGGUGAAGAAAAUCCAAGCUGCUGAAGAAGAGGCGGCAAGACAGCACAAAGCCGCUCAGGAGGAAGUUGAACGUCUUAUAAAGAAAGCAGAUGAGGCCAAAAAGCAGCAAGAGAAUGCGGAGAAGGAAGCCGAGAAGCAGAUCCUUUUAGUCCAAGAGGCCGCACAGAAAUGUGCUGCUGCUGAGCAGAAAUCCCAAGUUGUUCUCCUCCAACAAAAUAAAGAUACUAUGGCGCAGGAUAAACUUAAGGAAGAGUUUGAUAAGGCAAGGAAACUAGCACAAGAUGCGGAAAAGGCUAAAGACAAGGCUGAGAAAGAGGCUCUACAGCUGCAGAAGAAAGCAGAAGAGGCUGAGCGUCAAAAGCAGGCUGCUGAGGCUGAAGCUGCCAAACAGGCCAAAGCCCAAGAAGAUGCUGAAAAACUGAGAAAAGAAGCCGAAAAUGAAGCUUCCAGGCGUGCUGAGGCAGAGGCCGCUGCUCAAAAACAAAAGCAACAAGCGGAUGCUGAGAUGGCCAAGUACAAAAAGCUUGCAGAAAAGACCUUGAAGCAGAAGUCUCAGGUUGGAGAGGAGUUAACAAAAGUUAAAAUGCAACUAGAUGAGACUGACAAACAAAAAUCUAUCCUCGACGAUGAACUUAAGCGACUCAAGCUAGAGGUCAGUGAUGCUGUGAAGCAAAAAGGUCAAGUGGAGGAUGAGCUCUCUAAAGUCAAGAUCCAGAUGGAGGAGUUAUUAAAACUGAAACUUAAAAUUGAAAAGGAGAAUCGACAGCUUAUGAAGAAAGAUAAAGAAAACACUAAGAAUCUUCUCGAGGAGGAAGCUGAGAAUAUGAAAAAGUUGGCGGAGGAGGCGGCACGGCUCAGUGUCGAGGCUCAAGAAGCUGCAAGAUUGCGACAAAUUGCGGAGACAGAUCUUGCCAAACAAAGAGAACUGGCUGAUAACAUGCUGGAGGAGAAAAAACAGGCCGUUCAGGAGGCAACAAAACUAAAGGCUGAAGCUGAGAAGCUCCAGAAGCAGAAAGAUCAAGCUCAGGUGGAAGCUCAAAAGCUGUUGGAGGCCAAAAAGGAGAUGCAGCAGCGUUUGGAACAAGAGACUGAAGGUUUCCAGAAAUCCUUAGAAGCUGAACGCAAACGACAAUUGGAAAUUACCGCAGAGGCUGAGAAACUAAAGAUCAGGGUGACCCAGCUGAGUGAAGCUCAGUUCAAAGCUGAAGAGGAGGCCCAAAAAUUCAAGAAACAAGCAGAUGACAUCAAAGCCCGUAUGAUAGAGACAGAAAAAACUACUUCACAUGUUUUUGUUGAGGAACUGGAAGUGCAGAGGUUGCAAAGCACAAAAGAGGCCGAAGAUCUGCAUAAAGCGAUCGCAGAGCUUGAGAAAGAAAAGAAAAAAUUGAAAAAAGAGGCAGCUGAUUUACAAAAACAGUCAAAAGAGAUGGCCAAUGUGCAACAAGAACAGUUACAACAGGAAAAGACUAUCCUCCAGCAAACUUUCAUUGCAGAAAAGGAAACAUUGCUGAUAAAGGAAAAGGCCAUUGAAGCAGAGAAAAAGAAGCUGGAAAGGCAAUUUGAAGAUGAAGUGAAGAAGGCUCAGGCUCUUAAAGAAGAACAGGAACGUCAAAAAAAGCAGAUGGAGGAGGAAAAGAAGAAACUCCAGUCUGCCAUGGAUGCGGCUCUCAAAAAGCAGAAGGAGGCUGAGGACGAUAUGCUAAACAAGCAAAAUGAGAUGCAAGAGCUUGAAAAGAAGAGAAUUGAACAAGAAAAACUUCUGGCUGAAGAAAACAAGAACUUAAAGGAAAAGCUAAAACAACUUCAGAGUUCACAGAAGUUAUCUCACACAAAGGAAAUGGAAAUUCAAACUGAGGAUGUCCCUGAAGAUCAGUUGGUUCAAAUGACCAUGGUAGGAACAACAAAGAAGGUCUUCAAUGGCUCUACAGAAGUGGAUGGUGUGAAAAAAGAUGAACCGCUGUCAUUUGACGGCAUCAGAGAGAAGGUGCCCGCGAGCAGACUUUACGACAUUGGUGUUCUCAGCAAAAAAGAACUGGACAAGCUUAAGAAAGGGAAAACCACAGUGCAAGAUCUUUCCAAGAAUGACAAAGUCAAGAUGUGCCUAAAAGGUAAAGAUUCCAUAGGUGGUGUAAUCGUUGAACCCAACCAGAAAAUGAGCAUAUAUCAGGCUUUGAAAGAGAACAAGAUUGCACCAAGCACAGCUACGAUGCUCCUCGAAGCUCAGGCUGCAUCUGGCUACAUCAUUGACCCCAUCAAGAACAGAAGACUGUCUGUCAAUGAAGCUGUGAAAGAUGCUUUGAUCGGACCCGAGUUACACACUAAAUUAUUAACUGCUGAAAGGGCUGCCACAGGAUUCAAAGAUCCCUUCACUGGAAAUACAAUUUCACUAUUUGAAGCUAUGAAAAAGGGCUUGAUCGCAGAGGACCAGGCCAGGAAACUUCUUGAUUCUCAAUAUGCAACUGGUGGUAUAAUUGAUCCAGUCAAUAGCCACCGUGUGUCUGUCCAAACAGCAUGUUCACAAGGUCAGUUGGAUGAAGAUCAAAGCAAAAUUCUGUCCAGUCCUCCUGCUGACAAGAAAGCAUUUAUAGACCCCAACACUCAGGACAGCCUCACUUAUUCUGAGUUACUAGAGAAAUGCAAACUAGAUCCUGACACAGGCAUUCCAUUUCUACCUAUCAUAGAGAAAGCAGGGCAGAUUAAAGCUUACACAGAUGAAGAAACUAAAGAUGUAUUUAGUAGAGCAAGCGUAUCAAUUCCAUUUGGAAGAUUUAAAGGAAAGACCGUCACCAUCUGGGAAGUCAUCAAUUCGGAAUACUUCACUGAGGGUCAGAGAAAGGAUCUCAUCCGUCAAUACAAGACAGGCAAAAUUACUGUUGAAAAAAUUAUCAGGAUUGUCAUAACUGUUGUCGAGGACAAGGAGAACAAGAAGGAACCUGCCUUUGUUGGUUUGAGAUCAUCUGUACCUGCGACAGAGCUUCUGGAAGCAAAGGUUAUUAAUAAAGAUUUAUUCAACAAAUUACACAAUGGUAAAGCUACUAUUAAAGAAGUGUCUGAGCUUGAACAUGUCAAGAAAGCCCUACAAGGCACACACAGUAUUGCUGGAGUGCUUGUUGAGUCGAGUAAAGAAAAAAUGUCCCUUUAUGAAGCCAUGAAGAAGGACAUACUUGGAUCAAAGCCUGCAAUUGACCUUUUGGAAGCUCAAGCUGGAACUGGCUUCAUAAUUGACCCAGUGAAGAACCAAAAGCUCACUGUUGAUGAAGCUGUCAAAAGUGGUGUUGUUGGCCCAGAACUUCAUGAGAAAUUGCUGUCCGCAGAAAGAGCAGUUUGUGGCUUCAAAGAUCCAUAUACUGGAAAAACUGUAUCACUCUUCGAAGCCAUGCAAAAAGAUCUCAUAAAGAGAGACCAAGGAGUCCGACUCUUAGAAGCUCAACUUGCGACAGGAGGAGUUAUUGACCCAGAGAAAAGUUACCGCCUCACUCAAGAUAUCGCAUGUAAACGUGGUUACCUAAAUGAGGAGAUGAAUAAAACUUUAAAUAGCCCAUCCGACUACAGUACAGUAUUUGUCGACCCCAACACACAAGAAAACAUCACUUAUGCCGAAUUGCUUAAAAGAUGCACUACAGAUAAACAGACUGGUCUUCCACUGCUUCCACUCUCAGAAAAAGCAGUCAAGUCAAAAGAAAUCGAGCCCCUUUCUAAUGCACAAUGUGAAGACGCCUUGAGCCAUGCAACAGUAGAUAUACACAGUGGACUUUUUAAAGGAAGGAAGGUCACGAUAUGGGAAAUUAUCAACUCUGAGUAUUUAACAGAGGAGCAAAGGAUUUAUUUUAUUCAACAGUAUAGAUCAGGAAAAGUCACCAUUGAACAACUCAUCACAAUAAUUGUCACCACGGUGGAUGAAAAAGAAAAGAAAAGAGAAGACAGCUUUGAGGGUCUCAGAGGACCCGUAACAGCCAGUUCCUUGUUUGAAUCUAAAAUAAUUGACAAAGACACAUAUGACGAGCUCCAACAAGGCAAAAAGAAACCUGCAGAGGUCGGUCAAAUUGACUCUGUCAAACGUUACUUGCAAGGAUCUGAUUGUAUCACUGGGGUGUUUGCCGAAAAGACGAAAGAAAAACUCAGCAUUUACCAAGCAAUGAAGCAGAAACUACUGACACCAAACACAGGUCUGUCCUUGCUGGAGGCCCAAGCAGCUACUGGCUACAUAAUCGAUCCCAUCAGAAACGAGAGAUUUACAGUUGUUGAUGCUGUAAAGGCUGGCAUCGUUGGUCCAGAACUACAUGAAAAACUGCUGUCAGCAGAGAAAGCUGUUACUGGUUAUAAAGACCCAUACACUGGCAAUACAAUCUCCCUCCUCCAAGCAAUGCAGAAACAACUUGUUCUGCGAGACCAUGCCAUACCUCUUCUAGACGCCCAAGAGGCCACUGGAGGAAUAAUUGAUCCCGUAAAUAACCAUCGCAUUCCAAGUGAUAUAGCUAUUCAGCGUGGCUACUUCACUAUGCAGUUGGCUAAAUCUUUCAAAGACCCCUCAGAUGACAUCAAAGGUUUCACAGAUCCCAACAAAGAUGAGAGGGUCACAUAUAAACAACUUAAAGAGACAUGCAUGACUGAUCCAGAUUCUGGAAUAUGUCUGUUACCUCUUUCUAAAGCAGAGGCUCCAAAGCAAGCUGAAAAAACGUAUGUUUAUACAGAGGAACAAGCAGAAACAGACUUGGCCAACACUCAAGUAGAUAUAAAACAUGAAAGUUUUGCAGGCCAACAAGUGACUUUAUGGGAGGUUAUGAAGUCAGACUUAUUGCCAGAAGAUGAAAAGCAGAGGCUCCUUGAACAGUACUGCUCGGGAAAAAUUACAAAGGAAAGAAUGGUCAUCAUUAUAAUUGAAAUCAUUGAGCAAAGAGAAAUCAACAGGCCUGAGCAAAGCAUGUCAUGUGAUGUCAUCAGACGCCGGGUCACCAUCGAGGAACUUUACAGAGCUCGGAUUAUAGACCUUGAAACUUACAACCUGCUCAAACAAGGCAAGAAAACCAUAAGGGAGGUCAUGGAGAUGCCAUCUGUCAGGAAGCUCCUCUUUGGAACGGGCAGCAUCGCUGGGGUGCUCGCCGAUAAUUAUGCUAAGGUUAGCAUAUAUCAAGCCAUGAAGAGGGGUCUCAUCACACCUGACGUUGGCACUGAUCUGUUAGAGGCGCAAGCAGCAACAGGAUUUAUCAAUGACCCUGUGAAGGAUGAGUUGUUGACAGUUGAUGAGGCUGUCCGGAAGGGUGUUGUUGGCCCAGAGAUACAUGAUAAACUCCUGUCAGCCGAAAGAGCUGUCACAGGUUACAAAGAUCCAUACACUGGUAAAGUGAUAUCUCUAUUCCAAGCCAUGAAAAAAGGCCUUGUUCCUGAGUAUCAUGCUUUGAAGCUGUUGGAAGCCCAGGAGGCAACAGGUGGCCUUAUGGAUCCCGAGUACUAUUUCCGCCUUCCAACUGAUAUCGCCAUGCAGCGUGGAUACAUAAACAAAGAAACCAGUGAGAGAAUAUCAGAUCUAAACGGAGAUGUGAAAUAUUUUACAGAUCCAACUUCAGAUGAAAAGCUCUCUUAUGCGCUACUUCUCAAAAGAUGCAAAGUUGACAAAGACAGCGGAUUGCGAUUGCUGUCUCUGGCUGACAAAAAACUUCUGUUUAAGGGACUUAGAAAGCAGAUUACCCCGGAUGAGCUGUUGCGCUCUCAAAUUAUCGAUCAGAAGACGUACACGGCAUUGAUGGAGGGCACUAUUUCUGUGGAGGACCUCAGUAAAGAUCUAAAAAAAUAUCUUGAAGGUCUCAGCUCCAUUGCAGGAGUGUAUGUAGAAGCCUCUAAAGACCGCCUGUCAGUCUACCAAGCCAUGAAAAAGAACAUGAUCAGACCAGGAACCGCCUUCGAGCUUCUGGAGGCUCAAGCGUCUACUGGGUACGUGAUCGAUCCGAUCAAAAAUCUGAAGAUGAAUGUCCUAGAAGCAGUUAAAGCCGGAGUUGUUGGACCAGAAUUUAAAGACAAGCUUCUCUCCGCUGAGCGAGCUGUGACCGGCUACAAAGAUCCAUACACAGGAAAAGUGAUCUCCCUGUUCCAGGCCAUGAAAAAAGGUCUCAUUCUGAAAGACCACGGUGUACGUCUGCUCGAAGCUCAGAUAGCCACAGGUGGCAUCAUUGAUCCAGAAGAGAGCCAUCGGCUGCCUGUUGAAGUGGCUUACAAACGUGGUCUGUUCGAUGAGGAGAUGAAUCAAAUUCUCACCGAUCCCUCUGAUGACACUAAAGGGUUCUUCGAUCCAAACACAGAGGAGAAUCUGACCUACCUUCAGCUGAUGGAGAGGUGCAUAACAGACACUGAAACUGGACUCUCUCUUUUACUUCUGAAAGAGAAGAAACGUGAAAGAAAGACCUCCUCCAAGUCCUCAGUGCGCAAACGAAGAGUCGUCAUUGUCGAUCCUGAAUCUGGAAAAGAGAUGUCGGUGUCCGAGGCAUACCGCAAAGGUCUCAUUGACCAUCAAACGUACAUCGAGCUUGCGGAGCAAGAAUGCGAAUGGGAGGAAAUAACCACCUCAUCUUCCAGUGGUGUCAUUAAGUCUAUGAUUACUGACAGAAGGUCCGGGCGGCAGUAUGACAUUGAUGAUGCAAUCUCCAAAGGCCUCAUUGACCAGUCUUCUCUGGACCAGUACCGUGCUGGUAAUCUUUCCAUCACUGAAUUUGCAGACAUGCUCUCUGGCAAUAUGAGUGGCUUCAGAUCACGUUCGUCUUCCUUUGGAUCCAACUCUUCUUAUACCAUGAGCCCAGUUCCCUCCAUAAAACCACCAGCAACAACCUGGACUGAUCCAACUGAGGAAACCGGACCCGUGGCUGGAAUUCUGGAUACAGAUACUUUGGAAAAAGUGUCGGUCACAGAGGCUAUGCAUCGGAAUCUAGUCGACAACAUCACUGGUCAAAGACUGUUAGAAGCACAAGCGUGUACGGGAGGAAUUAUAGAUACAAACACGGGAGAAAAAUUCACUGUUGCUGAUGCGAUGACCAAAGGACUGGUGGAUAAGAUAAUGGUUGAUCGUAUCAAUUUGGCUCAGAAAGCUUUUCAGGGAUUUGAAGAUCCAAGAACCAAAACAAAAAUGUCAGCCGCUCAGGCCUUAAAGAAGGGUUGGCUCUACUAUGAAGCUGGCCAGCGGUUCCUUGAAGUCCAGUACCUAACGGGUGGAUUAAUCGAUCCAGAUGUUACAGGAAGAGUAGCACUGGAUGAUGCUGUAAGGAAGGGCACCCUAGAUGUUCGCACUGCACAGAAACUGAGAGACAUCAGCGCAUAUUCCAAAUACCUCACCUGCCCCAAAACAAAACUCAAGAUUUCAUACAAGGAUGCCAUGGACAGAAGCAUGAUAGAAGAAGGAACUGGACUGCGUUUGCUAGAAGCUUCCUCUCAGUCAAGCAAAGGCCUUUAUAGCCCGUACAGCGUCAGCGGAUCGGGAUCGACCUCAGGGUCCAAGUCUGGGUCCAGAACUGGUUCCAGAUCAGGCUCUAGAAGAGGAAGUUUUGAUGCUACCGGCUCAGGUUUCUCCAUGAGUUUUCCUUCAUCCUACAGCCCCACUAGCUAUGGCCGCCGGUAUGAUUCAGGGCCGCAUGGUGGACUUCAGAUGGAUGAGCUAAAGCAGGCUCUUACAGCUUUGGCAUCAGGCAGGAACUGUUGCUUUGAGGAAAAUAAACUAUUCACAUUAUCACAAACCAACUGCUCUUUAGUUGCUUAAUUUAUGUACAAAAGGGACAUUUAUCCUGCUCUGCAUGAGACUGCUAAUGGCCUUUUCACUGAUGGGUAUAAUAUUACUAUAUGAGACUGGCUUUGUUAUUGUGUUACAUUUUUAAAUAUAUUUAGUUCAUCGUUUCUUGUUUUUUUUCUCAUGUUUUUUUCUCUUAUUUCUUGUUGACAUGUCGGUAUGAGACUAUGCAUCAUAUAUUAUAUACAGUUUGUUCUGCAAAGCAUUCAUGGCUGAAAAAAUAUGUUUUACAUUUUCAUUCAAUUAUUAGCAGUGUUAAAUACUUAUAGCUUUUCUUUUUUAUCUGUAUCUAGUUUUUUCAUAAACUAGUAAUAUUGCAAGAAUGUUAAUGACAUUGUGAAGAGGAUAAAUCAAAGGAGAUGUAAAAGUUGGUUCUAAUAUUAUCUAAUAUUUUCUUAGUUUGUCCAAAGAUGCUCAUCUGUACAUCUCUGCUUGUAUUUUGAUGUUAAACAUGUUAACACUAUAAACCAGCGUGCUAAAAUUAGAGAAACUAUUGACUAUCUGCAAAGUGGGAUAAGGUCCAUGUAGACACUGAAUAUUGGCAUGAGACAAUGCCGAUAAACAAAACAAUAAAUAUCUUGGUUAAAGUGCCACACCUGUGGCUUACAAGAAAUUGAACAUCUUUUAUUAUUUAGAACUGGAAAAUUAUUAACUCUGAAGUCUAAUGAUACAAACUGAAGUCAUUGCAGGGUGACACACAUUUACUGUAAAGAUGCAAAAUUACAUUCAAUUACAUUUACAUGAGACUUCAAUUGCCUCUUACACCUUGUUUGAUGUCUACAUCGUUUUUUUUGUAAUUAAUGUGCACCCCUAUUAGGCUUAAUGGUUUAAGCCUAGUGUCAUUACUUGUGUUUUUGCAGAUUAUAUUAUACAGAAUGUAAUUAUAUAGGAUUUUAAUGUUUAUAUUGACAUACAAGUACUAUGACAGUAAAGAUGUUUUGUCAGAUUAUUUGGAAGCGACUCUCUUCACUGGUAUUCUGAUGAUUUAAAUAUUAAACGUCAUGACCAAUAAUUUCUUCAGAAAAGCUUAUGUACAGUUAAGUUAUGAAAAAGCCUUAAUAUACUUUUAAGCUUUUAACACGUCUCGAUUUUGCUGACAGGGUUCUGUGUCAGAAGACAACUAUGUCAAAAUUAAAGUCAAGUCAAAUGAAUGCAUUGGGUAGAUUUCGUUCAUUUAUUCAGUCACUUUUGAAAAAUACAUUACAACAAAAAUGUUAAAGGAAAAAACAGCACUGGAACUUUCUAUAUGCCCAGACUACCUCCUCUUUAAAUGAAUCUAAAUUCAACAUUCAUGUUCUUUACAGUCAUUAUUAUUGCAAGUUACCUGUUAUCUUUCACUGCCACGGUGUAAUAAAAUGGAAUUGAUUUCUCCAAUGAGAAGAUUCACAAUCAUUGUGAUCUCUCCGCCAACAUACAUGUUCAACUACCUUUAUUUAUGCUCCUUUUCCUUUUGCUUUUGAAUUGCUUGUUUGAUAUAAAUAUACAAGAUGCUAAUGGCGUGUAUAGGUUUAGGUCAGACUGGUAUACUGAUAUUCAUCAUCAUUUGACCGUUUUAACACAAGUUUUGAAGUCUUUGAGGUUUAAUAUUAGAAACUUGGAUUGCUUUGUUCUCAUGAUCACAUAUCAGCAGCUGUUCAGAACAGUAACUUGUGUAAUGUUUUAAUAAUGUGUUGACCAUUCUAAAAUGAACUGAAUGUAUAGAACAUGGUCUCUAUGCACAUAUUUGUCAAACCUAAGACAGACCGUAUUGAAUGAAACAAAAAGCAAAUAAAGAAUCUGCUAAACCCAAUCCAAUAUGCUAACUUUCCUUGAACAUUUUGAUCACUACUGUACAUCACGAUAUAAUUCAGUUUUAUUUUCCAACAUUAUAUAUGUUGCUUUCCAUGUUUUACAAACAUGAUUAAAAGGAUAUGGGUGAUUCGUUUUUAAAGUAAGCUUUUGGAGAUUGUAUCAAGAUACAUUAAGAACUGUUCUGAUGUUUUGAAUGCAUGAUCUGAGGAUGGUAUUGAUGAGAUGAGAUGAAAUGUUAGUAUGUCAUGUAAAUAAAGUAAUUAUCUGCUGUUCAAUGUCA